AAACCCAUUUCCAAUAAGUAGUGUUUGUAUACUAUUUCUCACCAAUGGCGCCCAAAACACCUCCUCUUCCUCUCUACGAAAUUAAGUAUCGAAAAAACGUUAUUUCAAGAGGAAUAGAACUCUUCAUUCUUUUCCUAUUGUUCUCACUCUUAGCCUAUAGACUCCUCUCUCUUAAAAACCAUGGUUUAAAUUUGCCAUUCUUCUUAGCUCUUAUAUGUGAAUCAUGGUUCACUUUCCUUUGGAUUCUCAUAGUCAGCACCAAAUGGAAUCAAGUCGAACCAAAAACAUAUCCUCUUCGCCUUUUGAAAUGGACGUCAGAGUUUCCUGCAGUGGACAUGUUCAUUACAACUGCAGAUCCCGUCCUAGAGCCGCCUCUUAUAACAGUAAACACAAUGUUAUCAUUAUUAGCAGUGGAUUAUCCAGCUAAUAAGCUAGCUUGUUAUAUAUCUGAUGAUGGUGCAUCUCCUAUUACCUAUUAUUCACUUGUUGAAGCAGCUAAAUUUGCUAAGCUUUGGGUUCCUUUUUGUAAGAAGUAUAAUAUUGCACUUAGAGCCCCUUUUCGUUAUUUUAAUGCCAACUUAUCGCCACCCCAAGAUAGUUCACAAGGGUUCCUGGAAGAUUGGAAAAGGAUGAAGGAUGAAUAUAAACAGCUGUGUGAAAAGAUAGAAGAUGCAAGUACACAAGAUUCAGAGGCAUGUGAUUUUGCAGGAGAUUUUGGUGUUUUCUCAAAAAUUGAACGCAAAAACCAUCCGACCAUUAUAAAGGUAAUAUUGGAAAACAAGGAGGGUAUUGCUGAUGGCUUGCCUCACCUUGUCUACAUCUCAAGAGAGAAGCGUCCAAAGCAUCCCCAUCACUUCAAAGCUGGCGCCAUGAAUGUUCUGACUAGAGUCUCUGGAUUGAUGACAAAUGCUCCAUUUAUGCUGAAUGUGGAUUGUGAUAUGUUUGCAAAUAACCCACAAGUUGUUCAACAUGCUAUGUGUUAUUUUCUUGGUGCUAAGGAUGAAAAAGAUUGUGGUUUUGUUCAAUUUCCACAAUACUUCUACGAUGGAUUGAAAGAUGAUCCUUAUGGUAAUCAAUUCAAACUCUUACACGAGUAUUUUGGAAGAGGAAUUGCUGGAAUUCAAGGGCCAUUUUAUCAAGGAACAGGAUGUUUCCACAGACGAAAAAUUAUAUAUGGCUUGUCACCAAAUGAUAAAAUAAAUACUGGAGAAUUGAGGGAUGAGUAUCUGCAGAAAACUUAUGGAAAAUCACAGAAGUUAUUAGCAUCGGUUGCUCAAACUCUAUCAGCAGGAUCAAAUAUUAUUGAGCAACUUAAUUCUGAUUCUCUCUCGAGUACCAUUGAGGAAGCACACCAAAUUGGAAGCUGUGGAUAUGAAUUUGGUACUGCCUGGGGUCAAAAGUUGGGCUGGCUAUAUGGAUCUGCAACAGAGGAUAUCCACACUGGGCUUUCUAUCCACGGGAGAGGCUGGAGAUCCGCUUACUGUACACCCGACCCGCCUGCUUUUCUUGGAUGUGCACCAUCAGGUGGGCCGGCCAUAAUGAUCCAACAGAAGAGAUGGGCUACUGGGCUUUUUGAAAUUAUUUUCUUCAGUAAAAGCCCAAUUAUCGGAACUCUUUUUGGAAAGCUUCAAUUGAGACAAUGCAUGGCUUACUUGUAUAUCCAACUAUGGGCCUUGAGAUCCAUUUUUGAAGUUUGCUAUGCUAUUCUGCCUGCCUAUUGCCUGAUCACCAAUUCCAACUUUUUACCCAAGGCAAAUGAACCAAGUAUGACUAUACCAGCAUCAAUAUUUAUCAUCUACAAUCUAUAUGGUUUAUCAGAGUAUGUUAGAGCAAAUGAGUCAAUUAAAGCAUGGUUAAACAAUCAAAGAAUGUGGAGAGUCAAUGCUAUGACUGCAUGGCUAUUUGGGAUUCUAAGUGCUACAACAAAAUUACUUGGAAUUUCUGAGACUGCAUUUGAAGUUACAAAAAAAGACCAAGGUAAUGAUGGAGAUGACACAAAUAAUUCUAAUAGUGGAAGGUUCACAUUUGAUGAUUCACCAAUAUUUGUUCCUGGCACUGCAAUUCUCUUAUUGAACCUUAGUUCCUUGUUCAUUGGGAUUUUAGAUUUCAAACAAGGGAGAGAUUUUGAAUGGGGAUUAGGAGAGGUUAUAUGCAUUAUGUGGGUACUUUUCAUAUUUUGGCCAUUCUUGAAAGGGUUAUUUGCUAAAGGGAAGUAUGGGAUUCCAGCAACAACUAUUCUCAAGUCAGGGGCAUUGGCAUUGUUGUUAGUUCAUCUUUUCAAGUUUUACCAAUAAGUUGUAAAUUUUAGUUCUUACAUUUUGAAUGCUCAAAUUUCAAUAGCAUAUAUAAGUUUAAUUAUGUACUCCCUUCAUCCAAAGUUAUAUGAUGUAGUUUUCUUUUUA